AGACUGGGCCUGGGCGGCUGCAGCGCGGGGAGGCGUCGGCGCUGCCGCUGGCCCGCGACGGGCGACGGGGCCGGGCGACGAGAGCGCGGCGUCAUGUUCUCGCUGAAGCCGCCGCGACCCUCCUUCAGGUCCUACCUCCUGCCGCCAGCCCAGACUGACGAUAAGAUCAACUCGGAACCGAAGAUAAAAAAACUGGAGCCAGUGCUUUUGCCAGGAGAAAUUGUUGUAAAUGAAGUCAACUUUGUGAGAAAAUUCAUUGCAACAGACACAAGCCAGUAUGAUUUGUGGGGAAAGCUGGUAUGCAGUAACUUCAAAAUCUCUUUUAUUACUGAUGACCCAAUGCCAUUACAGAAAUUCCAUUACAGAAACCUUCUUCUUGGAGAACAUGAUGUUCCUUUAACUUGUAUUGAGCAAAUUGUCACAGUAAAUGACCACAAAAGAAAACAGAAAGUUCUAGGUCCCAACCAGAAACUGAAAUUUAAUCCAACAGUGUUAAUUAUUUACUGUAAAGAUUUCAGAAUUGUCAGAUUUCGCUUUGAUGAAUCAGGUCCUGAAAGUGCGAAAAAGGUAUGCCUUGCAAUAGCUCAUUAUUCCCAGCCAACAGAUCUCCAGCUACUCUUUGCAUUUGAAUAUGUUGGGAAAAAAUACCACAAUUCAGCCACCAGAAUUAAUGGAGUGUCCCCAGAAGGUGGAGGAAAAGGAGGGAUUGGAGCUGGCAGUGGUGCCACCAACCAGAAAACUCCACUGUUUGAAACUUACUCAGACUGGGACAGAGAAAUCAAGAGGACAGGUGCUUCCGGGUGGAGGGUUUGUUCUAUUAAUGAGGGUUAUAUGAUAUCCACUUGCCUUCCAGAAUACUUUGUAGUGCCAAGUUCUUUAGCAGACCAAGAUCUGAAGAUUUUUUCCCAUUCUUUUGUUGGAAGAAGGAUGCCACUGUGGUGCUGGAGCCACUCAAAUGGCAGUGCCCUUGUGCGAAUGGCCCUCAUCAAGGAUGUGCUGCAGCAGAGGAAAAUUGACCAGAGGAUUUGUAAUGCAAUAACUAAAAGUCAUCCACAGAGAAGUGACGUUUACAAGGUGGAUUUGGAUAAGACUUUGCCUAAUAUUCAAGAAAUACAGGCGGCAUUUGUAAAGCUUAAGCAACUGUGUGUUAAUGAGCCUUUUGAAGAAACUGAAGAGAGAUGGUUAUCUUCACUGGAAAAUACUCGGUGGUUAGAAUAUAUCAGGGCAUUCCUUAAACAUUCAGCAGAAGUUGUGUACAUGCUAGAAAGCAAACAUCUAUCUGUAGUCCUACAAGAGGAGGAGGGAAGAGACUUGAGCUGUCUUGUAGCUUCUCUUGUUCAAAUGAUGCUGGAUGCAUAUUUCAGGACAAUUACUGGAUUUCAGAGUCUGAUACAGAAGGAGUGGGUCAUGGCAGGAUAUCAGUUCCUGGAUAGAUGCAACCAUUUAAAGCGAUCAGAGAAAGAGUCUCCCUUAUUUUUACUCUUCUUGGAUGCCACAUGGCAGCUGUUAGAACAAUACCCAGCAGCCUUUGAGUUUUCUGAGACCUACUUAGCAGUGCUGUAUGACAGUACCCGGAUCUCACUGUUUGGCACCUUCCUGUUCAACUCUCCUCACCAGCGGGUAAAGCAGAGCACAGAAUUUGCUAUAAGCAAAAAUAUCCAGUUGGGUGAUGAAAAGGGCUUAAAGUUCCCCUCAGUUUGGGACUGGUCUCUCCAGUUCACAGCAAAGGACUGUACUCUUUUCCACAACCCCUUCUACAUUGGAAAGAGCGUGCCCUAUGUACAGAAUGGCGCUGUGAAGUCUUUUAAGCGCACAAAGAAGAGCUACAGUUCUACGUUGAGAGGAAUGCCAUCUUCUUUAAAGAACGGGAUCAUCAGUGACCACGAGCUGCUUCCAAGGAGAAAUUCCCUAAUAUUAAAGCGAAAGCCAGACCCACUGCACUACACUGACAGCCAGAACAAUGAAAUGGAACAAUAUUUUAGAGAGUGGUUUUCCAAACCAGUCGACCUCCAUGGUGUGAUUCUGCCUCAUCUCUCGGGAACACACAUAAAGUUGUGGAAACUGUGCUACUUCCGCUGGGUCCCCGAGGCUCAGAUCCACCUCGGGGGCUCCAUCACUGCCUUCCGCAAGCUCUCCCUGCUGGUGGACGAGGUGGACGUGCUGAGCCGAGCACUGCGGCAGCAGCGCAGCAGCCCCCUGGAGGCCUGCCAGGCCGACCUGGGCCAGAGCAGGAUGUACUUCAGAGGCGGAGGCGGAGGCGGAGGCGGAGGCGGAGGCGGAGGCGGAGGCGGAGGCGCGGCGCGCGAAGCUUCCCCGACGCCCGAGUUCCUCUCCUCGUCAUUUCCAUUUUCUCCUGUGGGCAAUCUAUGCAGACGAAGCAUUCUAGGAACACCAUUAAGCAAAUUUUUAAGUGGGGCCAAAAUAUGGAUAUCUACUGAGACAUUAGCAAAUGAAGACUAAAAUGUUAUUUUCUGAACAUUUUAAGGGAAGCUAUACAUUUUUUCCUCUGAAUUGAAAUUGCUAACUUAGGCAUUUAAAAAAAUAAUUUUAUAUAGAAGAAUAAUAGUUGAAGUUUGCACUAAUAUUUAAAAACAUGUUGAAUCAUGCUGCCUUCACAGGUGUUUUAAGAAAAAUGUAGUUUUUGUUUUUACGUCCUCUUCCUGCCCUUAAACUUCUGGCUCGCUGUAGGUGAGUUACAGACACUGCCCCUAUUCUUAACACUGUGAGCAAGCUGAUUCUACAUUUCCUGCCUACUGAAGCUUACCCGGUACUUGACUAGAUUGGCAAGCAGAAGGAGACAGCGGGAAGAAGAGCAUUUCAGAUUGCCUUGCGUGAGGCCACAGCUCACCGCAGUCUGA